AUACAACCCGAUUGUAGCAGCAGUCAAACCAUUACACUUGGCAAAGCGGCGCAAAGGUAUAACCCGGUCCGACAACCUUGAUCCCCAACACUACUACAAAAGGUGACCGAUAUAUUAUUGCAAAUCAAACGAACAUAGCCAAACUUAUGAAUCAAACGCUUCAUAGUUCAUACCAUUAAAAAGAAAAGCAAAUUGACGAAAGCCCAAAAUCGAUAUCACAAGCAAAGCAAAUGAACAAUAUUUGUUUCUUUCUUUCUUACACUGACUAUAUAUGGUUUCGUUUCUUGUAUGCAUCUUACAUAUUACUGCUUCAAGUCGUGGCGACGGCUGCGCUUCUUCUUGCCACCGUCAGCAACAUUGCCACCACCGCCGCCGCAGCUGAGGCUCCGGACCAGCAGAAUGCAGGAGGCUUUAACGGCUGAUUUCUUGCUCGCCGUCGCGGUUCCUGGAUCGGCGAACAUGGGCUUGGACAUGGACUCUCUUGGACUGCUUGCGCUUCGGUCUGAACAUGUUGAAGAAGGGGUACUGUGCUUAUGAAAGCUUGCCAAUGGCUGUCUGCUCCAUAAAUCCGUAGACUCAUUAAUUAUAGACUUAUAGUUGCAUGAAGGUUUUUAUCAAAAGCCAUAUUAUUGAGUCAAUGAGAGACCCGUUAUGUGUAAAAAAAAAAAAAAUUGUUUCCAAGAUUUGCUACUUAUAACAUUUUAUACCUUUUCCCGACACGGAUAUUGUUCGUUUAGGGUCAAACUCGCAAACCUCACGGUUUUUGACUUGGGUGUAGUUGAAGAUAAUUUCCUAUAAGAUCGCCCAUUCUUGUUGUACAACACACUGAGCACGUUUAACUUCGGAGUUCUCAUAAGUAAGAACUCCUCCAUUUCACCCCAAAACACGUCUUUUCAAUUAAGGUGGUUUCCUAAUUAUGAACCAUGGAUCUCUCUCGUGCUUUGUUGAUGUGGGAUUUACCUAAAGUGUUACAUUACCUUUGAUUUGAUAUCAAACUAGAUUCCAAUAGCCUAUAUAUAUAUAUAUAUAUGGUUAUGUCUUCGGUGCACUCACUUUUUUGGGUGCAUUCAAUGCACCCGCCUCAUAAUCGUCAUUCUGAGCAGACGAUUCAUGUGAAAACGAUGUCAAUCAUCCCUUGUAGUAUGAUGAACAAGAACCACAUGAAUUUGUACAAAAAUCAUUUAAGAUUCACUUUAAUUUGAAUGAUUCAGGGUUUAGGAAUUUAGGGUUAGGGUUAGGGUUUACAAUUUGGGAUUUUGGGUUUAGAUUCAAAAUUGAAUGUUAAUAGGUUAGGGUAGUGGGUUGAUUAGUAGUGAUUCUGUGUUAUAUCAUCAUAUGAGACUAAUGCUACCCAUUAAAUUUCAAAAUUUGAUGUAUUAUGACCACUUUUAAAGGUGGGUGCACUGAAUGCACCCAAAAAAGUGAGUGCACCGAAGUAGCCACCAUAUAUAUAUAUAUAUAUAUAUAUAUAUAUAUAUAUAUAUAUAUAUAUAUAUAUAUAAAAACUAGAUUCCAAUAGUUAUAACUUAUAGAAAGACCUUUUCAGAAACUUUGAAGUGAUCAUUUACCUUAUAUCAUACCCUCCAACCGAAGGACACACGGAUUGAUUCGAUUCACAAUUAGUAUAGAAUUGACGAAAAACCUAAGGAAAAUGUCAAGACCGAAACAAGGGAAAAAAACACAUUUAAAUAGUCUCGAUCCGAUCAUCUUUGUUCUCUAGUAAAUGAACGGAAUUGGAAAAAAAACUUAUCGAAUUUACAAACAAACUGGAGCAAAAUUACACAUUGUUUCAACCUAAUCUGAUUCGAUGAUCCAGUUGGCGUGCCUCCCUCCAUCCUUGUCAUUGAUUUCUACGAGAAGUUUUGUAUAUUCCAGCAACUUAGAUGUUUUUGUAUUUUAAAGCUCCACUGCUGGUGACCAUCUCAACAUAUUAUUAAUUCUUCUCUCUUUCGUGGCUGUUAGCUCUUGUAAGUUAUCCUAAGACCUCGGUUUUCCUUUAGAAAUACAAGAUAAUGCCUAGU